UGUGAGGGGAGGGUGUGAGCGAACUAGCAACUGUAAUAUCUCUAAAAACGAGUUUGAAAAAAGGUAUACAGAUCGGACUGGGGUCACGCUGCACACAUAUUUAGGAGAAGAAUAUCGGAGCAAAGUGGUGAUCGACAUCAGCAAUGGUAUACAGUGGCCAAAAGCGGCAUGAGCAGAGCAAAUCGGAAGGGCAAUAACUACAAGAAAUUACGACAGGACUAUCCGGGGAGAGCAGUAGACCUUGCACCCGCAAGUGGAAAGAAGUGUUCACAAUGAGAAAUGUUUCCAAUUGACUCAUCGAUUUCACCUCGGUUACAGUUUUGUCCAGGACAUAGGAUUCCUUGCAUUACAUUCGGGAAGAAAACUCCGUGGUACCCAGUCUACGAACAAAUUCAUAGCCGUAAUAUUUCUACUGAAGGAAACAUGACACAUUUUUCGGGACCCUGCUCUUGAGUGAGGUUUUCUUGGAUACAUAAACUUUCCUUGUGCCAAUACAGCGAUGUUGCCGUGUUUGCAAAGAGCCCUACUGCGACCCGUCCUCACACUCAGGCCGAGGUUGGUGUCGGGAAAGUUCUGCGGUAAUCUACCCGCGGCACUCAAGCUUCUGUCGCCUGUGCCUCUGGUGCAGAGUCGUAACUUGGGCACACAUCCACACAAGGAACCGAUGGAGCCCCUGAAUUCGCCACAGGGGGCAAGAGAGUUCAUCUACAGCCUGCACCCCGCGGAACGCUCAUGCUUACUGAAAGAGCUCCAUCGCUUUGAAUCCAUGGCAAUUGCCCAAGCCUCUAAGAAAUCGCGGUACACCCGAGAACUGCCUGCUCUCACCAAGAGACCCACAGAAGAGGAGACGUCUGCUGGCCUCGCUGCAGAUGGGCAGAAACAACUGGAAAUGGCACCUCCGACAGCAGCACAGCUGAGAUACGUGCUUCUGCACAAUGCGAUCCCCUUUAUCGGGUUUGGCUUCCUGGACAACGCCAUCAUGAUUGCCGCAGGGACUCAGAUAGAGUUGUCCAUAGGGGUGAUCUUCGGAAUAUCGACCAUGGCAGCUGCUGCCCUGGGGAACCUGGUAUCGGACCUGGCGGGCCUUGGUCUUGCAGGGUACGUGGAGGCCCUGGCCCAUAGACUGGGCAUGCAAAUCCCUGACCUGAGCCCCAAGCAGGCAGACAUGUGGCAGACCAGAGUCAGCUCCCAUUCGGGGAAAGCCAUCGGAGUCACCAUCGGCUGCAUUCUGGGCAUGUUCCCGCUGUUCUUCCUAAACGAUGACGAGGAAAAGGACACAGGGACACCGGAUCCCAGCAGCAAAUGAGCCACCUCGAACGGACUUGUCUCUCGUGGAUAUGGAAAGCCACUGAUGGAUUGGUCCACCAGACUGUUCCUCUGUUCCUCACUCAUCACAGCAUUGCUAGCCUCUCUGCCUCUUUGCAGAGCUGCACAAAUUACGAAAUUACAAAUACCAACACUAAAAGCAUGACCUUCUGACAAUGCCUAUUUGGCAAAAGUCAAGUAACAUUAUAAAGCAUACCUUCAGAUAUAUCACAACUUUCUACUGCUACAACUGCUUCUUUGGGCUUUGCCUGUGUGGUUUAUUUUUGCAGGGGAUGUGUGUUUAGUCUUAGUUUAUCGUAAGAGGGCGAAUUGUUAUGUGGGAGACUUUUACCUAUCAGCACAUUGACCGGAUCGUGGUUCUGUACUGGAAUUACAUUGUUUCAGUGACCCCUCCUCUAUGAAGUUUGAAAAUGGAACAUGUUUUCUGAGUCUCAGUAUGCUGCCAUCCUCAUUGUGCACUUAUUUAUCAUCACACAAGCAUUCUGCUAUAAGUCCCUGUGUAUUUAGGCACAGGGCUGUGCUCUGUUGUCCUUUGAGGCAGCUGGUACAGGGUUAAGCUCUUCAGGUGUGUUUUUGUUAAGCUGUCCUGCUCUGUGUGUUUUGUGUAGUUCAUGUUUUUUGGUUUUGUGUAGUCUUGCAUGGUGGUGAGCAUGCUUGACUUCAAACCGGGGGCUUUGCAGUGUCAGAUCCUGGAUGAGACAUAGGUGGACCCUAGAAGAAGUCACUCCACACCUGUAGUCUUUUGUUCAGCAUCCAGCUGUAUAAUGAUAAUACCUCUUGCCUGGUUCAACUUCUACUGGUCAUCAUUAGUGCCCUUUUGCUAAAGCGGGGGCAUGAGGAGCCCCCUUACCGGCAAAGUUUUCUCAUCUGUUUCCAUUUUAUUUUCUUUAUAUCACUGUUCCAGAAUAUCUGUUUCUCCCUCAGUGUUAGUUGUUUUCUCUUUAAUUGUAUUUUAAAGCAGAUGCGCACAAGCAAGUUAGUUUAUGUGUAACCUCCAAUGGAUGAAUCAGUUUUGCAUUGCAUGAGUGUAGGUAAGUGUUCUGGAAUUUUGUGCAGAUGAACUGAACCCAAAGUAGUGGAUAUGUCCAAAAUGGAAGGCUAGGAAAUGUAGGAAAUGCUGUAAACAUAUUUAUAUGUCAAACAGGAAGCUGGGAUUUUUGUGUGGAGCUACUUGUUAUGUUUAAGAAGCAUAUUGGAAGUUGUGCCUUUUUCAGAAUGUCUGUGGGCUUCAGUUACAAGCAUGCCAAAAGGACACAGUUUUAAGGCAUCCUGCACUUGAUUCAUUUCUAUAGAGGAUAUGCUUAGAAAUGCAUUGAAGUACAUUAUGCAGGAAAAAAGAUAUGUAUUCUGUAUAAUUUAUUCAGUUUACUUUUAG